AUGGCUCGUCUCCUGACUGAGGCAGAGAAGGACGCCGAGAUCGAACGCCUUCUCAAGGCCACCGCCGAUCAAGAGGCAGAGCUCCAGCGUCUUCGCCGGGUCGACAUCACCCAUCAGCAAGCUCCGAUCACGCCCGUCGCGCACGCCGUGGCCGAUGCUCAGGCCGUGGCUCUCUCUGAAGCCACCACCAUCGCCUCUCUCCACGCACAGGCGGUCACCGUCCUCAGCAUCAAGUCCCUCGUCCCCGUCGUCCUCGACUUGCACUCGCCUCACUACUCCAAGUGGCGUGGGCUCUUUCUCCUCGCCGUGGGCAAGUAUGCCCUCAGCGACCACGUCUUUUCUGAUGCUGCUGCCCCUGACAACGCCGCCUGGGCACGGAUGGAGUGCACCGUCCUCGGCUGGCUCUAUGGCACCAUCACCUCCAAGCUCCUCGACAUCGUCAUGACUCCCACUGCCACGGCUCGGAUCAUUUGGGUUGCCCUCGAGCAGCAGUUUCUCGGGAACCGAGAGACCCGCGCCUUGCAUCUUGAUGCAGAAUUCCGCAAUUUCGCUCAAGGCGAUCUCUCCGUCUCCGACUACUGUCGCAAGAUGAAAGGGAUGGCCGAUGCUCUCGGUGACAUAGGCGAGGCCAUCCAAGAUCGCACCCUCGUCCUCGCCGUUUUGCGCGGAUUAAACGAGAAAUUCUCGUAUAUGACCGCGCUACUCAAGCGACAACGUCCGUUUCCCUCCUUCCUCGAGGUUCGCUCGGAUCUUCUUCUUGAGGAGCUUACCAUGGCGUCGAAGCCCGGCUCCACGUCUACCGCCCUUAUCGCCUCCUCCGGCAAUAGGGGAUCAACUACGGGUGCCGGCUCUUCCAUCGGUGGUCAGCACGGUGGAGCACCCCAGUCUAGCAGCAGUCGUGCAUCCUCCAACUCCUCUGCCACCCGCAACAACCGCAAGAACAACAACCGGGGCGGCCGCAACAACAGCAGCUCCUCCGGCAACUCCUUCGGCGGCAACAAUGGCACCUCCUCUGGCCAGAUGGGCUGGCCCUCCUUCUUCAACCCCUGGACGGGCACUGUCCAGGUCUGGCCGCAUGCACGGCCACCGGCGUCCAUCCUCGGCCCUCGGCCGAACGCUCCACAGCAACAGACCCAGCGCGCUCAGGCGUUCACGGUGACCCAUCCGUCUGGUUAUCCGGCUACCGCAGCCGGUGCGCCAACACCCACGCCCACAAUGGCGCCUCCGGGCCUCUGGGGCCCCAUGUCUCUUCCCGGCUCCUGGGAUUAG